CAGAGUAGAAGCAUAUGAAACAUUAAGUCAAAUCUUCAAAGAUCAAAAUUGGGGUAAACAUAAGAAAAUAAAUGAUGAAGUGAAUCAUGUUUCAGAAGCAGGGAAGUAUAACAUAAUUCAAAAAGCACAAUGUGAAAAAGGUUGUAAGAAGAUUAAACUAGAUCUUGCUGAAAAAAAAUUAAUAGCUGAUAUAAAAAUGUUUGUUAAAGCAAAUCAAUUG